CUCCAGUGUUCACAUCACAGAACAGCACUUGGAAAUAAUCUCUCCAAAGAAGGUCACCAGUGAAAACAGAGAAAGAGCAAAACAAUUUCAACGACACUUUGUGAGGUCAUCAACCAGAAAAGUAUUGAGGGUGAAGCUUGAUGAACACACUGGGGAGAAAGGAACAGAAAGAUAGAUACCACUUCCAGCUCCUGGGGUAGUGAACCUUCGUGGCACAAUGCAAAGCCAUGACAAGAACAGGCCAAUUCCGCAUUAAGGAUUUGCUUGCCACGCCACUUAGUGAAGAUUUACUCUCCUCGAAUUUUGCUUCGGACUCUGAGCGCCAGAAAUGGCAGGUCUCAAUAUCUCACUCAGCACAGGGGCAGCCAUCUCCCCAAAUCAUACAGAUGUCACCUACCCUUCUUGGUUGCUGAGCAGAACAAUACCUAAAAGAAACGGCAGCAUCCAGGUGAAUGGGAGUACUGUGGAAGGGUGCACUGAAAUCUUGAUUCCUAUGGAGGUCUACCUCAUCCUUGCAGGUGUCAGUUUGCUGGAAAAUCUGCUGGUGAUCGUUGCAGUGAUCAAAAACAGGAAUCUACAUUCCCCGAUGUACUUCUUCAUCUGCAGUCUAGCCGUUUCAGACAUUCUGCUGAGCUUGACCAAGGCAUGGGAAGCAAUUACAAUAAAUGUAACAUCUGGAAAGGAGCAUCAGUUCACUCCUACCCUGAUAAAGAGAUUGGAUGAUAUGUAUGACUCAUUGUUGUGCAUUUCUUUCACAGCUUCCAUCUUCAACUUGGCAGCAAUCACAACUGACAGAUACAUCACUAUUUUCCAUGCUUUGCGCUACUACAACAUUAUGACAAGAAAGCGAGUAGCAGUCAUCAUUGCAGCAAUAUGGAUCUUUUGUACUUUUACAGGUAUCAUCAUGAUCUCUUUCGCUAAGUAUGAAGGCAUUGUUAGCUUCUUUUUUAUAUUGUUCUUCAUAACACUGGUUCUCAUCAUAUCCCUUUAUAUAUUCAUAUUCCUAUUGGCUCAAAUGCACGCCAAACAGAUUCGAUCACUUCCAGGUUACGGAGCCCAUCAACGAACCAAUUUUAAAGGAGCUCUCACACUAACGAUCCUCCUCGGGAUAUUCAUUGCCUGUUGGGCCCCAUUUUCCCUCCACCUCACCCUCUACUUGUUCUGCCCUUCAAACCCGUACUGUGCAUGUUUCAUAUGCCUCUUUCAGGUGGAUCUCGUCUUCAUCAUGUGCCACUCAAUUAUUGACCCUCUUAUUUAUGCAUUCCGAAACCCUGAAUUAUGCAAUGCUUUCAAGAAAAUGUUGUAUUGUUUUAAAAGGCAGACCUAACUGCAUAGUUCAGCCGCUUGCUAUAAUGGAUAGUUGAGUAUAACAGACCAACAAAGCCCAGGUUUGGUCUCCUGUCUGUGCUGAGUUUUCUAAUAAUGAUGCUGUAAUUGGCAUCACUUUCAUCCUUGAGUUAGAAGGUUGUGAGUUCGCAUUCCAUUCUAGAAACUUGAAGGCCGAUCCUAGACUAUCACUUUGAUAUAUUAGUGAGGAUGCGCUACACUGAAUUUCAGACAGACAUUAAAGCAGAGCCUAGUCUUCUAUGUCAAAGGGCUAUAGCCCUAUUCGAAGAAGAGGAGGGAACUUUUCUUGACCAAUAUUUACCCCUCAAUUCACAACAUUAAAGAUGUCUUGCAGAUUUGAUGGGCUGAAGGGCCUUUUCUUUGCUGCAGCUCUCUGUGACUAAAGACAGACAAUCUGCUCAGUAUCACAUAUGACUUUGUGUGCUAAUUAGCUAUAUUUCCAACAUCAUAAUAGUGACUACAUUGCAAUAAGUAUUUUAUAGACUCUGAAGUGCAUUGGAACAUUCUGAGUUGAUGAAGAACUCUAUAUGAAUGAAAGUGCAUUCCUUCUUUAUCACAAUCCUGGGCUGCUCCUUGGAAAGAAGGAUUUCCAUUGGGGUUUUUGCUCUUUAGCAUUAUGUAGCAAUGACACUGGAAGUAUAACGUAGAUGUACAACAGACGAGGACUGAAUUCCAUUGAUGUCAGCUAUAAAGGCCUCCCAUGCUCAGUGUCAAGUUCCAUGUUGCCAGCAUUACAAGGUUUCAAGUUUAUCAGCGAUAUUUUUUAGGAAUGAAUAUUGACAGGGUGGUCCAUUAACCCUACAUAUGCUAAAAUGCCUGGGACAUCAUGACUAAGCAUGUCAUUAACCACAGCAUACCCGAGAGAACAUUAGAAAUGCUAUGUUGAUAAAUUAUAUCAACAAUAUUAAUAUUGCUUUAGAUGGAAAGUUUCCCUCACCUGGAAAAAGAAAUGUUAUAUUCAGGAUGAUUGAUAGAUGCAAAAUCAACAUUUAAUAGUAAAUUUAGAAUCAGUUUGAAUCUGCACUCUGAGGGGUCUAUGCUCUACUAAUGGUUUCUAACAUAACUGCAAACAUUAUUGCUAUUAUGGUCAUUAUUGUGCAUACAUUCUUUUCUAAGGAACUGUUCAUUAUUAUUAUGAUUGCUUUUACCUUCCACAACUGCAUGUGAAGCAUUUCCCUGUUCGCCUGUGUGAAGUUCCUUAAGGGUGUUUCUGUUUCAACCUGAUUUACCUCUCCACGUGUCAACACUAACCGUUUUAUUGUAUCUUCAGUUUUUUCAUCUGGAAACAGAACUGAUUUGUAUCAGUGACUGAUUGUCGGUCCUUGAUAGAGAGGGAAUAAGGCGAACAGGCCAAAAAGAAACAGCCAUGUUGACACUUGCAUCAUGACUUUAAAAAUUGAUCAUUCAGUUUUACACAAAGUUGCAGGAAUGCCUUAUGCACCGUGAUUAUAUUAAAGCCAACUGCUCCAGAUAAACAAGCUGCAUGUUUGAGAUCAUCCAGUUUGGACCAAAAACAAAGAUAAAAUAAGUUAUUUCCUCUAUGGUACAAAUCUACAGAUGCUGGAUGUCCUGGAGAUUCCAGGUACUGGAAUGAUUAAAAUGCUAUAAACCUACUGCAAAAAAUAAAGGCUAUUAGAAUGUUGACCUUUAUAUCUAAAGGAUUAGAACACAAGGAGCUGAAAUAGUCCUUCAGUUACAGCGGGGGAAGCAAAUAUUUUUAACCUGAAGAUGUUAAUUUUGUUUUGAAAAGAAUUGUCUGAAAUAAAAACUAUUAGAAGUUGCAAGAAGGAAAACACGUCAAAGAAUGGACUUGUGGCAGGAGCAUGACUUCAGAGGAACAAGUUCUUCAACAAGACUUCAAUAAAUAGUAUGGGAUUAUUUGCUGCUGUAGAAGUCAUUUACUUUAACUCUUCUCUGAUGAUUAUAAGAAUGAGCACAGUCACAACUGAAUUUCACUUUGUGUCUAGCUCGGGCAACAAGCCAGUUUCUAUACCCAUGGAGCAGAUAAAUGCUGCAAUAUUUUGUUUACAGAGUUGCACCUUUGAUGUUACCCAGAUAGAAAAUAGAACAUAGAACAUAGAACAUUACAGCGUAGUACAGGCUCUUCAACCCUCGAUGUUGCGCCAAC